AUGGAUCUGGUGCUGAGAAAAUACCUUCUCCAUGUGGCUCUGAUGGGUGUUGUUCUGGCUGUAGGGGCCACAGAAGGACCCAGAGAUGGGGAUUGGCCUGGUGUCUCAAGGCAGCUCAGAGUUAAAGCAUGGAACAGACAGCUGUACCCAGAGUGGACAGAAAGCCCGGGGCCUGACUGCUGGCGAGGUGGCCGUGUAUCCCUGAAGGUCAGCAAUGAUGGGCCUACGUUGAUUGGGGCAAAUGCCUCCUUCUCUAUUGCCUUGCACUUUCCUAAAAGCCAAAAGGUGCUGCCGGAUGGGCAGGUCGUCUGGGCCAACAACACCGUCGUCAAUGGGAGCCAGGUGUGGGGAGGACAGCUGGUGUAUCCCCAAGAACCUGAUGAUACCUGCAUCUUCCCUGAUGGGGGUGCCUGCCCUUCUGGCCCUCUGUCUCAGAAGAGAUGCUUUGUUUAUGUCUGGAAGACCUGGGACCAAUACUGGCAAGUUCUGGGGGGCCCAGUGUCUGGACUGAGCAUUGGGACGGACAGGGCAGUGCCGGGCACACAUAACAUGGAAGUGACCGUCUACCACCGCCGGGGGCCCCGGAGCUACGUGCCCCUCGCUCGCUCCAGCUCAGCCUUCACUGUCACUGACCAGGUGCCCUUCUCCGUGAGUGUGUCUCAGCUGCAGGCCUUGGAUGGAAGGAACAAGCGCUUCCUGAAAAAGCAGCCUCUGACCUUUGCCCUCCAGCUCCAUGAUCCCAGCGGCUAUUUGGCUGGGGCUGACCUUUCCUACACCUGGGACUUUGGAGACAGCACAGGGACCCUGAUCUCUCGGGCACUCGUGGUCACUCACACCUACCUAGAGUCUGGCCCAGUCACUGCACAGGUGGUGCUGCAGGCUGCCGUUCCUCUCGCCUGUGGCUCCUCUCCAGUUCCAGGCACCACAGAUGGGCAUGUGCCAACUGCAGAGGCCCCUGGGACCACAGCUGGCCAAGUGCCUACUGCAGAAGUCACAGGCACUACACCUGGCCAGGUGCCAACUGCAGAGGCCCCUGGGACCACCGCUGGGCAGGCUCCAACCACAGAGAGUGUAGGUACCACACCUGAGCAGGGGGCAGCCUCCCAAGUCUUAGGCACCACACCAGCAGAGAUGCCAACUGCAGAGGCUUCAGUUACGGCACCUGAAGUGCCAACUACAGAGCCCUCUGGAACCACGGUUACACAGGGAACAGCCCCAGAGCUGGCGGAGACCACAGCCGGAGAGGUGUCCACUCCUGAGCCUGCGGAUUCAAAUACCAGCCCAUUCAUGCCUAGAGAAGGUAUUGCAGGCCCCCUGAGCCCCCUGCCAGAUGACACCGCCACCUUAGUCCUGGUGAAGCGCCAAGCCCCCCAGGACUGUGUUCUGUAUCGCUAUGGCUCCUUUUCCCUCACUCUGGAUAUUGUCCAGGGUAUUGAGAGUGCUGAGAUCCUACAGGCUGUGUCAUCCAGCGAAGGAGACGCAUUUGAGCUGACUGUGUCUUGCCAAGGCGGGCUACCCAAGGAAGCCUGCGUGGACAUCUCAUCGCCAGGGUGUCAGCCGCCGGCCCAGCGGCUGUGUCAGCCUGUGCCCCCCAGCCCAGCCUGCCAGCUGGUUUUGCGCCAGGUACUGAAGGGCGGCUCAGGGACCUACUGCCUCAAUGUGUCUCUGGCUGAUGCCAACAGCCUGGCAAUGGUCAGCACCCAGCUUGUCAUGCCUGGUCCAGAAGCAGGCCUCGGGCAGGCUCCUCUGUUCGUGGGCAUCUUGCUGGUGCUGACAGCUUUGCUGCUUGCAUCUCUGAUAUACAGGCGAAGACUUAUGAGGCAAGGCUCGGCAGUCCCCCCUCCCCAGCUGCCGAAUGGUGGAGCCCCGUGGCUGCGUCUGCCCUGGGUCUUCCGCUCCUGCCCCGUUGGUGAGAGCAGACCCCUCCUCAGCCGGCAGCAGGUCUGA